AUGCAGACCCUGCCCCAAGAAGUUGUCGACCAAAUCGCCUCUAACCUCUAUCGACCUGAUCUGAAGAACCUCUUGUUGCUAUCGCCGACGCUCCGUAUGGCGGCGGAAAAGCACUCUGAGGGGCUCACCAAGUGCAAACUGCACUACAAGGAUCUUGACAACUUCGUUGAAAAGUUCCGCGGCGCCCGUUUUUGUUGGCUCCAAGAGGUCGAAUUUGAUUUGAGGUUGCCGGGAGGUGUAGGCCACGAUGACGUUAACGCACCCGAUGACCCGGCCGGCGACCAGGCUUGCAAAGACGACCUAUCAACCCAGAUCCAUGCGCUUUUCAACGCAUUGAAAGUCCUUGAGGGUACUGAAGGGCCAAAGGGAACAAUACAGCUGAAGAUCAUUAGCCCAGAGCGGCAGAACCCUGAAUCCACCAGGCUGACUGCAGGCCGGCAUAUUCACCUGCAUGGUCUGGAGCAGGUUCAUGUGCUUCAGAGUAUCGGGUCUCUUUACGUUGGCCCACCUGCAAGUCUGCAAGAUCCGAGUUUAUAUAACAAGCUUCCCUUACGAACACCUCUGGACUUGUCGACCAAGCUGCCGAAUUUGGGAAUGCUGCGGAUCGACCUCCUGGAUGAGCACAAUUGCGACCCAGAGUGCGAACGCACCCGAUUCGAUGAGAGAGAAGAAUUCGCACUUGUUGCCGAGACCAUGUCAUUGCAGGUCAAGCGGGCCGAGAUCAUUUUGCAGAGAAGAAAGGCUCAUGAGGUUCUUGACCACGACUCGGCAAUGCCAAAUCUUGUCCGAGGGGGUCCUCGAGACCCGUUCAGCUCCAGUCUCCGAGUUCUUUGUCGCUAUCUCACCCAGCUCCAACUCAGUGCUAUCAUUGACCAGUCAUUCUUCUGGCCUGACGAUGGAGAAGGUGAUGUUUGGCCCAAUAUGGAAUCACUAGAAGUCAAGUUUCAUCCGACCACUCCUUUGGGAUCAUGGUAUUUUCUGGGGCCCCGUGGGGAAGGUAACGGCGUUCAAGGGUAUCCCGUUGAUGGUAUCGAAUAUCUUGGCGAGAGCCAGAAUACCGAAGGCGGCACCAUCAUAAUGGGGCAUGCUCCCUGCCGUCCGUCAGGAUGGCGUCUGAAGCCCAACCCAGAAACACUCCGUCCACUUCUUUCUGCAUAUGCGAAAGCAGCCGCAAAGAUGCCUCGUUUGAAAGAGGCCAUGAUAUGGUCGCCCAUCUGGUGGUCGCCAGGAAACCAUGCGAGGCCAAGGUUCUCCUACCACAGCCAUUUCGACAUGAUGAACAACAAAAGGUCCUUGGGCUGGGGAAUUGGCUACAAUGCGCCCGGAACGGAAACAAAGCCUGAUAGACCAGAAUCAGCGUCAUCUGAAGAUUCCGAGGAUGGUGAUGUUCGUUUAUUUGAGUGGAGAACUGGGAGCUGGGAGCCCGAUGAUGCCUUGAAAGACUUGUUCCAUGAGAUUGGUCGAGAGAAGCAUGGGGAGGAAUUUGAUGACGAUUGGGAUCCUGAUGCAAACCAGGAAGAUCUGUUUUUCGAAGGAUUCUGCGUUGGGAAAGAAAGUUACAUGAUAUCUGAGUUGAAGGGUGAAGAGAUAUUGCAAUGA